GUCGUUGUAACUCUUGACGUAAAAAAAAAUGGAAACUGAAAGUGAAGGAGGGUCGCGCAUCUCUGACGAUGAAGGAUGUCCGUCCUCUGUAGCAUUCACGGAAGCCUUAAUGGGACAAAUCAAGGGAGCUGAUGUCGGAGCGAUGGUGGAACUACAACGAGACAUGCUAUCCAGAUAUGAGAAAACAAAUGAAAUGCUUAUCAACUUUAACAUGCUUUCCUCAACACGGUUUGACGCCACCAGCCAGUCCUUCAGGAAUCACACUCUGUUGCUAUAUGACAUGAAGAAAGACCUUGAUGUCGUCUUCAGACGAAUCAGAAUUUUAAAACAGAGACUUGGUAAAUUGUAUCCAGAUGCUUUUUCAGCCUGCAGUGAUGUGUAUAAUGUACUAGAAGAUGAGGAAGAGGAGUUUGAAGGACAGAACAGUGAAAAUUCAAAGGAUGAAAAGGAUGAAAAUGAUUCGGCAGAAGAUAAUGGAUGAAAAAGAUUUUUGACAUAUUAUAUAUGGAUUAUAGUUUUAUUACAGAACGUUUGUUAAAACAAACAGUAAUUUAUGAUAAAACUCAUUUGUAUAACUACUCGUCUGGCUCUGAUUAAUAGACAGUAUCGGUGGGGAUUGUUGUUAAAUUUUGUUUUGGUGGGUACUUUUGUUAGUUGUUAAAUCACUCGUUUAUCUAGUGAUAACAUUUCUAACUCAAACAUCUUUAAUUUAUUUGUUGUUGUAAGUUUCCAUAAUAUGCAGUGCCAGUCAUGUGAAACAUCAUUAAGCUGUUAUGUGAAACAUCUACUAUGUGAAGCAGAAGUGCUAUUAGAAAAAAUACUGGAUGUUAUGCUUACAUCAGGCUGCAAUGUGAAACAUGUGAAAUAGCUUAAUAUGUGAAAAGUUAUUAAAUGUGAAAUUUUAUAACAUAAUGUGAAAGUGAAAGAUCAGGUUUCAUAAUUGAUGUCAAAUACGAAAAACAUCAGAAACUUGGUUGCUCUGUGUCUGUGACACAUUACUGGUAGGUUUUUAUAUGAGAAAUGUCAGGUUUGUGUUUGAAAUAGUAUUUUCAUUUUGUGAAAGAUAGAAUGCUAUGUGAAAUAUCAGAUUGCUGUUAUUAGAUUUAUUUGUGAAUUUGAAUGUGAUACAUUAACAACAAAUAUAUGAAGCAUCAGUUUGCUAUGAGAAAUAUUAGAUUUGAUGUGAAACAUCAGGUUACUUUUGUGAAAUAUAUGUAAGUUUGUUUUGUGAAACAUCAGGUUGCAAUGUGAAACAUCAUAUUAAAAUGUGAAACAUCAGGCUGCAAUGUGAAACAUCAUAUUACUAUGUGAAGCAUUAUAUUGCAAUGUGAACUACACAUUAUAUUGACAUAUAGAGAAUGUUACCAUUCAUAGAUUUAUGCAAAGCAGAGUAUGUAUUAAGUUCCAAAUUCCUAUCUUAUUGACUAGGACACAGUUUAUUUUAAAAUUAUCCUCCAUAACGUCACUUUAAACUGAAGCAAACUCAACUAAAAAUUUUAAUUCUUGUCUCGGACUUAUCGAAAACAUUUCUACAAAAAUCUCUUACUUUAGACUCUUGUUAAAGUCAUCUCAAGCUUAUAUGGCUAAAAUGAGCAAUUUGUGUUUCUUGUCACGUACUAGAGACCAGGUUAGAAAUUAAUUGUGAAUACCACUGGUCUAGUGGGGUAGUAGUUUCCAUUUUUUACUAAUCCAUGUGUAAGUUCCACUAACCCAAUACUCAACAAGAUAAGCAAUAUCAAAAUUUGACUAGUCAAUUCAGGCAAGCAGCUUUUAGAACCACCAGUCCAGCUGGAGAUUGCACUAGUCUCAAGCUAUGGGGCUAGCCUUAUUGUUUACUCCCAAAGAGAAAGCUGUCUGAGACAGAUGACAAGGAUGAUGGUGGAGUUGUUUGGGGUAGAAAUGAAGAGGAGUCCAAGAUGCCAUGUCAAUACCUAAUAAUAACAUUAUAAAUUACAUUUUUCCACAAUUUUAUGGUAAUUUCAUAUAUCUCUGACCUUGAUGGUAUAUAUCUAGUCAUUAAUAUACCAGUACAUUUCUACAUAUCCAUAACAAAUCUAGAUACAUAAUUAAAUAAAGGUAUUUUUUUCAGGAUUAUCGAUAUCCCAGUUUAUUAUUUUUAUUUAUUAGGCAUCAUCAAUAUGUGUCUGUCUAUAUAUCCAUUUCUACUUUGAUGUAGGUUUCGAUAUGGAUAUAUACACUUGUCUAGAUAUCAGGGUAUAUCUGGAUAUCAAGUUUAUCUACUUGUACCAAAAUAUCAAUGCUCUGGAUAUCAACAGGUUUCUAAAUUUAUAUAAAUGUGGAUUUGGAUAUCAGGAUGUGUUUAUUCAGGUGUGGAACUUGAAUAUGGUUUAUGUGAAGGCACUUUUAAAUGCCAAAGACAGGUGGGACCAGUAUUUAUUUUUGUAUAAUUAAAAUAUAAAACAUACUAAAUUGUAUUCUUUCAGCCUGAUGUAGUUAAGCCACUGUCAAUAUUUACCUAGAUGUUGUCAUAUGUCUCAAUGUAAAUCUUGAUAAUUUCUUUUAAUAUUCUUUUCAGUGAAUGAGGAAUAAAUAAAUAAAUUGUGUAAAACAA